CCAGAGCAGACAGGCACCUCCCUCGGCUGACUCCAUCUCCAACUCCCAACUCCCAACUCCCUUUCCAUCCUUUCCCCUUCCUCACAGACACAAGGAGACAUCACCGAGAGCUGGAGCUGUUCCGGGAAUAAUUUACCCCUCCUCACUUACCCCUCCUGCUGAUGUUUAUUGAGCACCUGUGGGGCAGUUUCGGAGGCUUCCUUUUAAAGUUGCCCGUCCGUUUGCGAUGACACAGGUGAAUUAAGACAUGGUGAGGAAGACCCGUCAUAAACAGAUGAUAAUGGCAAUGUAGACAUCCUGAGAAGCAAACGGGCCGAUGUCUAAAAUGAAUGACACACAAGCAGAAAUGGAGCUUUUGAGCAACAGCAUGGCAACAUAUGCCCACCUCAAAGAUAAUGUGGAGAGCUUUGCCCUGUUCUUCAUGCUGGGCGUGUGUUCCGGCCUGCUCGUGGCCUUGUGCUUGCUGGUCUUAGGUCUGGCGUGCCGGCCGCGCGCUAAACAAGCUCCUCGCUCACCCGACAGGCGGCAGCUGCGAGAGUCGAGCGAGGAAGAUGAGGACGAUGAGGAAGACGGCGAUGAGCCUAGCCAGGUGAAAGAUGACGAAGAAGCAGAGAUUCCCCGAGUGACGGUGGCGCCCAUGAGCGAUCUCAGCCAGUCCAACGGCACCUUGCGAAGUGUGAACGUCUUCACUUCAGCUGAGGAGCUGGAGAAAGCGCGAAGAUUGGAGGAGAGGGAGCGUAUCGUCAGGGAGAUCUGGAGAAACGGACAGCCGGACAUACUGGCGACGGGCACAGGCACCCUAGGACGGGUACACUACCACUGACCACCUCAGACUGAACAUUGAUUUAAUGGUCAGCCAAGUAGCAACCCAUGGACCUAGUACUGCACAUGCAGUUUUUAGGAUAUAAUGAACACACACACACACACACACACACACACACACACACACACACCUUCUGGGGAAAAAAGUGAUGGGCUUAAAUUAACGUUUGUUCGUGGAAGCUUGUGUAUGCUUGGGAAUAGCCUUAUCUGUGUGUGUUUGUUUUUCUAUCAUGUUUCUCCCUUGGGGCCUUAGAGUUCCGUAAGCGUAAUUUAAAUUCUGUCAGUCCUCAGAGUUAGGCUGUCAUGAAUUACGAGAUAGCUAGGCCCCCUAAAACCACUGUGAAUAGAUGGCAUGGCAGCAAUGUUUAGUAUGCUCCCUGGUGAGUAAGGCCCACAUUUUGUUUAUGAAUUGGCUUACCCAAUUGGCUUUGAUUUGGUUUCUACAGCUAAGUCUCCUUAGGUGUGGCUUUAAGAGUUACCACAUGCUAGACACUUUUACACUUAAUAGGCAAUUAGACUAGACACUUAAUGACAAAUUUAGUGUCACUACAAGAACCUUGGCUUGGCAACUGAAAGAAUCCCUUGUAGGUCUACUCAUAUUUUUUACACUAUUCUUCAACCUCAAUUUAUCUACUGCCAAUGAGAUUCACAUCCACGUUGGGGUACAGUUUACUACCCCUUGAAACACAAGCUACGUUGUAGCUUAACUGGGGGGGAACUGUGCAACCUCGUCACUCUUCAGCUCGCCAGCUCCUUCCUGUCUCUCCCUAUCCAAGAAUAACACCCCUGCCGUCUUCAGGUCUGUGACCAGGGAGGACAUGCUCUGCAGCAAUCUAGACCCGAACACUGAAAAGCAUUGUGCCAACCAGGAAGUGACUCUCCAUCAAAAGAACUGGACUGUUAUGCAAUUUUAUUAUGCUUUUUAUAUGCAUUUUUACAUACUUGCACAAUUCAAAUGUUUCUGUAAAACAACUUAGUGUACGGUAUUUUUUGUGGGGGCAUUGCAUAUAGCCUGUUGCCAUCGUUGUACGAUGUAAUGGGUGCAGUUUACCAAUCAAAGGUCCAAGAGUAAAACCCGCUGCAUAGCUGCUUUUAACCUUAUCAGGAGACAUAGAGCAGUUUAGUCCGGUUUAGUGCCCUGGCUCAUGCACAGGGCAAGAGGGCCAAUGGAUGACAGAUGUGCCGCAUAUAGAAAGAAUGCCGUUCCAAGAACCCGCAGGCCAAGACCAGAACACAGCACCGCUUGCUCUGGUCACUCACAAGACUGAUAAAUAAUGAAACCUGAAGUUUACAUAAACUGAUUUAUUGAAAAAAAAAAAAAAAAAAAGAGAAAAAAUAAA